AGAGAGAAAAAUGGAUUUAUUGAGCAAGGUUUGUUUGAACUGAGUUACAUACUUAGCUUGUUUGAUGAUUGAUUGACAAUACUCUGUGCAUGUCACUCUGUCUUUUCUCCACCUUUCGUGGUCUAGAUUUUAAUUUUCUUGAGCCACAAAGGAACAAACGAACUCCAAAAUAACGUCAAAACCAUGGCUACGGCAUCGAGUCGUUUCGCAUGGUCAUUCCUGUCAGAGGGUAUGACUUUUAGGGCUGCGCGGUUAUACGAAACGUUUUGGAACUCACAGUCAAAUUUGAAAUGGGGUCUCGUUGUUGCCUAUCCCAGCUACCUCUUCUACAUCAGAUGGAGAGCGGAGACGCAAUACAAGUAAGUAGCACUGAUAAUAUUUUUAGCUUGUGUGCCAUCUAUGACGCCCUUAUGGCAGUCUGCACUGAACUUUGUGCGAGUAGGUUUUGAUAUAUCGGAACUCGCUCACGAUACAAAAAAAAAAGCGAGACUAAUUGUAUUGUAUUGUCGCGUCACUGUUGCAGUUGUACACUUCACAACUGUACUGCUAAGUAAGGCACCCUGUUCCUGGAAAGAGACAAACUAAAACCAAGAUAAACCUACCAGGUACAUAAGAUCCCUACAUGCUGACUCCCUCCUCUCUGUUGAUUGCGAAACGUACUGUGCCCCUUUUGGUGGCCAGGGGCACUAAGCUCCGCCUGCCGCCGGUUUGCGAACUGGAUAAAGCUGAGGCCGCUCUUUCAGUAGCCCCAGGAUACAAAAAAAGAAAACUUUUUCCUGAAAUCUCCAAAUCCCAAUCCGAAUAGGUACAACGUCUAUCUCGAAAAACCAAGCCUGUAUCCGACUAUGGCCGAAGAGCGUGGGAUUGCACAUGCGCUACGGUCAGUCUUGUUCGGCGCAGGGUCAGUUGGUGGUGGCUAUUGGAGCAAUGGAUCUGUUUUCUACGGUACUUUAUGAACAAGAGAGUAUACAAGAAGAACAAUAAGAUUCUGGUGGUAUCACGCGGGUGUAGUAAAAGUGGUACAUCAACAGCAGGCGGAACAGAAAAGCUUUUUACCUAUUAGUUGUGUGUAAAACAGAGCUACAUGAGCGUGGUUAUAGGCAUAAGUAGAAGCACUGUAAUAUGCAAGAGCCGCGGCCACAAAAGGCAGUUUAUUACGCGAGCAAGCAGUCCCAGUCGCUGAAUAAGACUAAGAUACACAUGAAUGACGCUCUUGGGAUUCACAGUCACUGUCUCUAAGCACCAGCGCCAUGUCAGUAGCAGAUUUGAAGACUCGAGUAUACGGGAAAGAAACGCCACCAGCAAACCUGAAAGUAGGUUGCAGUUAUGAGAUUGUCUCGAAGAUUAUUCCUGUUCAGUAUAAUUCAUAGGCAGACCUCCAGUCAAUUACAUUUACAACUACAAUUUGUAUUGUGUUUUUCAAGUGCAGUACAUUCAAGUGCUCGAUGCUGGUGUCGAAAACAAAUAGCUCCCUGCAACAUCGAUUUCACUCAUCGUCUUUCAUAGAGGUUUUGAGAAAAAAUGUAGCCUCUAAUCCAUGGGCCGAAUGAUGGAAGAUAGCGACAAUCUUGCGCUCGCCGUGAAGUCGUUUUGCAGACGGGACCCAAGAAUCUUGAUGUGGGUGGAAGAGUAAACUUGAAUUCAAAUUGUUGUGAUUUUUCCGGUUCAGAGGACACUUGUGACAUAGGCAGUACCAAGAUAAUCUUCUCAGAUUGAUAUCUUAACAUCCAUCGUGGCGCCAGUAAUGUCAACGAAGACACGUGGGUAUAAAA